UUUGUUUUGUUUGGUUUCUGAUGAUAUGAUGGAUCUUUCAUAUACAAACUCUGUCAAUGGUUACUACUCCUUCCUCACUAAUGGAAUCGAUGAUCUUGAACAUCUUUUCAUCAACACUAACUUCAUGUCAAUCCAUUUCCUACAAAAAUCUCUGUUUCUCCUCAGAUCACUUCAUACCCAGCUUACACUUUUGGUCCAAAAACUUGAUUUGCCUGUUGGGGAGAAAUGGUUGGAUGAAUAUAUGGAUGAGAGUUCUAAGCUAUGGGAAGUAUGUCAUGUUCUUAAGUCUGGUAUGUCUCAUAUGGAGAAUUUCUACUUGGAAGGAUUCAACAUCACUUCCCCUCUUGAAAAUCAUCGAUAUCUAUCUCCCCAAGUUCAUCUUCAGGUGAUGAACGCUCUAUCCCUUUGCAGAAUACACGCCAAUGGAUUGGAGGAUCAAAACAGGAGAUUAGUUGAGAAUAGGGCUGAGCCACUCCCACUCUGUUCCGACGAGAAACUCCCGGUCGAGUCAAAGUUAAAUGGGUUUAAUGGAUUCAGGGGAGUUCUAUACGCUAUGAGAAACGUAAGUUCACUUCUACUUGUGAUCUUGCUUUACGGACUGGUAAACUGCUCGCCGGAGCAGAGAUAUCUUCUCCGGGGAGGAGGAGGAUACGAUUCGUACGAUGAAGAAGGGUGUUUUUUAUUCGGAUCUGGGUUUAUGAUAUCGAAAGGGAGAUUGCAACAGAGGGUUGAAACAGAGAUUAACGCGAUCGAUGGGCGUCCGGGCGUUUUGCUGUACGAAUUCAAGCGGUCGAAGGCGGCCAUGGAAGAGCUGAAGAGGAAACUGGAGAGGAGGGGAUAUGAGAGAGGUGGUGGGAGAGGGGUAGAUUGGGGAAAAGAAGUUGAGAUUAGAGAAAAGGUUGAUGAUUUAAGGGCUUGUUUGGGGAUUCUGAGAUCUGGGUCUGAAAAUAUCAUAGGACAGCUUGAUGAUUUCUUUGAUGAAAUUGUCGAAGGGAGGAAGAUGCUCUUGGAUUUCUGCAGUAGUAGUAGUCAUCACUGAUACAAAAC